AUGGCUCGUGGCUUAUCGAAUUCUCUCACGUUAUCGCUCACCUUCAGUCGCUGUCUUCAUUCGAUUUUCAAAGGAAUAACGACUCCGAUUUUUGGGGAACGCUGCAGACUCGCAAGGUACACAUCCGGCAUAUCACCACUUCUACGAUUCACGAUGAGUUGCUCGACUACCUUUCCUCCUUUUUCGGGUCUCAAGACGUCGAAGAUAUUCGUUCCUUUCGUGUAUUUGGCUGAGUUGCCGCGGAUGGAGGUUGUACUUGUGAAGCCCUACCCUCACGGUGAACCUGCGCGCUACCUUCCUGAGAUAGUCCAUCUUGGUGAAGUGAGACUCAGAAGUGCAAAUCCCACGGAAUCAACCGGCUAUUCGCUUGCAAGUACCACGGAGACUAGUACCGAUGCUACUGUAUAG